CUGUAGAGAGAGGAAAGAUCACCACUGACCACUUAUAUGUAUAAGCUGCCCAGACGUAUUUUUCAAAUUCCGGAAGAGAGUGUCACAGUGUAUUUCACCAUCACCCUUACAGGAUGGAAGCCAUCAGUUUGUCCCAUGGUUUAUUUUCUAGGAACCCAAGUUACUUUCAUAAUGAAAAGACACAGCAGGAAGGGACAGUGUCUGACUGCUGGACAAGUUACCAGGAGUCAGUGACCUUUGAAGAUGUGGCUAUAGACUUCACCCAGGAGGAAUGGACUUUAUUGGACACACAACAAAGGAACCUUUACAGAGAGGUGAUGUUUGAGAACUCCUGGAACCUGGCCACAUUAGAAUGGGCUAUGCAACUUAACACCAGAGGGACAGUGUUUCAGCAGGAUAUUUUUCAGUUAAAAAUGGCAAAUGAGAUACAACUGUUACUCAGCCACAAUGGAAAGGAGCUCUGUGACCUGAAGCCACCUGGAGAAAUCAUCAGGGAAACUUUAUGUAGUCUCACACACACAGGUAUUCAAAGCACAGGAAACGUUUAUAAUUGCACUCAGAGUGGACAAGUCUUUCCUGCUUGGCCUAAGGAAACCUUUUCCGCAGACAAAGGUCCUCAAUUAAGUCAGAAUGGAAAAUACUUCAAUAUGAUUGCAAGUGCUACUUGCCAGACAACAUGUGUACAAGCCAAAUUCCUUGAAUCCAGUGAACUUCAGCAAGCCUUUGAUAGUCAGUCAGGCCUUCAGGCACUUGGGAAAAGUCACAGUGAAGACAAACUCCCUAAGGGAGUACAGUGUGGUGAAGCUUUUAAUGCAACCAUGAGCCAUGCUGGAAACGGUCAAACAUACACUGGGAGAAAAUCUUAUGAAUGUAAGGAAUGUGGUAAAAAAUUUAAAUAUUCUGCCAACCUUAAUAUUCAUAUGCGUACCCACACUGGGGAGAAACCUUAUCAAUGCAAGGAAUGUGGGAAAGCCUUUUCUAGGUGUUAUCCACUAACUCAGCACUUAAAAACUCACACUGAAGAGAAGCCCUUUGAAUGUAAAGUUUGUGGAAAAUGCUUUAGAAACUCCUCUUGUCUUAAUGAUCAUUUUCGGGUUCACACUGGAAUAAAGCCCUAUAAAUGUAAGGAUUGUGGUAAAGCCUUUACAGGACGCUCUGGCCUAAGUAAACAUUUACCAACACAUACUGGAGAGAAGCCUUAUGAAUGUAAGGAAUGUGGGAAAGCCUUCACUUCAACCUCAGGCCUUAUUAAACAUAUGAAAAGUCACAUGGGAGAGAGACCCUUUGAAUGUGAUCACUGUGGGAAAGCUUUUGCUUCUUCCUCAACUCUAAUUACCCAUUUGAGAACACACACGGGAGAGAAGCCUUAUGAGUGUAAAGUAUGUGGGAAAGCAUUUACAUGUUCUUCUUAUCUUCGUAUUCACAUGCGCACUCACACUGGAGAGAAGCCCUAUGUAUGUAAGGAAUGUGGCAGAGCCUUCACUGAGCGCACAAGCCUUACUAAACAUUUACGAACACACACUGGAGAAAAUCCAUUUGAGUGCAAUGUGUGUGGAAAAGCAUUUGCAUGUUCUUCCUAUCUUCAUAAUCACAUACGAACUCACACUGGAGAGAAACCUUAUAUAUGUAAGGAAUGUGGGAAAGCCUUCACUGUUUCCUCACAUCUAAGUAAACAUGUAAGAAUUCACACAGGAGAGAAACCCCAUAAGUGUGAGGAAUGUGGGAAAGCAUUCACUGUGCGCUCUGGUCUUACAAAACAUAUUAGAACUCACACUGGGGAGAAGCCCUAUGAAUGUAAGGAGUGUGGGAAAGCUUUUGCCACAUCUUCAGGCCUCCUUGAACAUAUAAGAAGUCACACAGGAGAGAAACCAUAUGAAUGUGACCAGUGUGGAAAGUCUUUUGCUUCUUCCUCCUACCUUAUUGCACAUUUGAGAAUUCAUACUGGAGAGAAGCCCUUUGAAUGUCAUGAGUGUGGGAAAGCAUUUACAUGUUCCUCCUACCUUCAUAUUCACAUGCGAACUCACACUGGAGAGAAACCCUAUGAAUGUAAGGAGUGUGGGAAAGCUUUUGCUGUUUACUCACAUCUAAGUAAACAUGUCAGAAUUCACAGUGGAGAGGAACCCUAUAAAUGUAAAAGUUAUGGAGUAGCCUUCAGUAGUUCUCAUCUUACAGAACACAUAAAAACCCUUGAGAUAAAGUCUUUGGUUGGAAGGAAUGAAGAGACUGCUUUAGGAAGUUCUGUUGCUUUAGCAGUACAUUCAGAUUCAUAGUGGCAAGAAAGCUUAUCAGUGUAAGCCAUUUGUAAAGUGAUUAUGUCCUAGUUGACUACAAAGACAUGAAAGAACUCAUGUUGUAAAAAGGCCUCAUGAACUUAGAGAGUGGGAAGUGAUCAGAAUGUUCAAAAUACAGCUCACAUGAACUCACUUUGAAGCUGCACAAUGUCAGAAACAGAAAGUCUUAACUAUUUCUAGGGCUUUUUUAUAAGUAUGUGAGAGAAAGUCUGUUGGCACAUAACGUAUUUCUGUUUAGUGCUUUGAUGAUUACCUACAGUACCACAGUGGAGGACUUUGUGAAAGUAAGAAAUUUUGGAAAGUAGAUAUUUACGUUAGUCAUCAACGUUCAAUAAACAUGAAGUGAUUCACAUUUGGGAAACUUUGCGUAUAAAAUAUGGAGAUUGUUUCUGUGUCUUAAGAUCUUGUAUACUAACAGAAACCUGGCUUUCUUGAUGGUUUUAUAAACUUGUUUUGACCAA